ACCUUAAAUUGUGAAUUUUAUCACUAAAAUUGUAUUCCACUAUAUAUUUAUAGAGACUAAUAUGGAGGAUACACCAGAAAUUGCUUUAAAAACACUGUGUUGCACAUGCUUAAGUAACGACAGAAAGUUAUCCCAACUUUGCCGAAUAAAUGAUGGAGUAAACAACCUAUAUUCGCUUCUAUCAUACGACUCGGAAGCUUACAGAGAAGGAUUCUACAAGGAAGCUGCAAGCCUAUUCAUUUGUUGGGAGUGUGCAGCGAUUAUGCGGAGGAUUGCCCGCUUUAGACGGCAGGCUUGUGUGGCGCAGAAACAGCUGUCGGUUAUAGCUGAGGGUCGAGAUUUGAAAUCCAAAAGUUGCCUCUCCCGUCUUCUCUGCUGCCACAAACAUACCUAUGACUUCACUAUAAUCUCUGACAUACAAGAAACUGACAAUUUCAUAGACUGCGGCCCGGAAAUCAAGACUGAAACUGACAUGGAUGACAUACCAUUGUCAGAACUUGAUAACUGUAUGUCAGAUAAUGACUGCCAUAUUGAGGAAAAUUAUUUUAAAGAAAAGAAAAUUGAAGAAAAUAUUGAAGUUAUAACUAAAAGAAAGAAGUUAGAUGAAUGUCAGAUAAAUAAAGUUACAAAUAAAACACGCAAGAGAUUAAAAAAGGAAGAUUAUUUCAAUUAUAAGGAUUAUUUUGUUACAAAAGAAAUGAGUGAAGAGAAAAUGCUAGAGAGUAGGGAAAGAAGGAAAAUGGAGGAAAGUUUUGUUGCUGCGGCGUUCAAAUGUGAGUCUUGUGUGGAGGUAUUUAAGAGUCAGAUUAGCCUGGACCGACACAAUGAGGAUAAUCAUGUGGAGAAACCCGAUCAUGUCCAGUGCCUCAUCUGCCUAUCAUACCUAAAGAGCGAAAGCGCGGCCGCCCACAAGUCGGAGCACUGUUCGCAGCACUCCUGCCUUCUCUGCGACCAGAUCUGCUAUAGUACGCAGGAAAUGAACAAGCAUUUGAAGGUUCACAAGCAUGUGAAAAGGAAAAAGAUCGAGAGACCUGGCAAGAUAGGCAGUGGGGCGACGGGGCUGCCCGCAGAUGUGUACCCCUGCCCGGAGUGUAACAAGUAUUUCCGGAAUAAGAACCAGCGCUGGAAGCACGUUCAGCGCCACCACAGGGAGGGGUACACGUGCGCCACCUGCGGCAACAAGUUCGCCUUCAAGAACAACCUCGCCAGGCACCAACAGGUCCACCAGACGCCGCCUCCCCGCCAGCAGUGCCCCUCCUGCAACAAACUAGUCCGCGUCGACCUUCUCAAGAUCCACGCGAGGAUCCACCAGAAACGGGAGCAGUUCGAGUGCGUCGAAUGUGCUAAGAGCUUCGUCAGCCGAGCGUCGUACGUACAUCACCUCAAGUAUACACAAGCGCACGCGAAUAAGGACAUACUAAAGUACAAGUGCAGUGUGUGCGAGAAGGGGUACCGGUCCCGCGGGGAGCUGCGCGACCACGUCAACUACCAGCACAUCGGGCAGACGCAGCACAAGUGUCCCGUCUGCGGCAAGGCGCUGGCAACGCGCAGGUGCAUCACGCGGCACGUGCGGCGCGCGCACCACGGGCUCAAGGAGGGCCCGCGGGACAAGGUCUGCCAACAGUGCGGGAAGGCAUUCAGGGAUAAAAAAGGUCUCCGCGAGCACGAGUUCAUCCACACUGGCGAGCGGCCGCUGUCGUGCGAGCUGUGUGGAUGCACCUUUAGGCAGAGCGCCUCUCUCUACACGCACAAGAAGAGAGUGCACAAGAUAUGCCCUCCCAGGAGGACUGUGAGCGUGGUUGCACCUAAUGCUAGUGGGAAUACGGUCGAAAAUGCAACAACUGGCUAGAAAUAUCAUUUCUGUACACACACAGGCAGCGGCUGCUGUUGCGAGCUGUGUGGAUGCACCUUUAGGCAGAGCGCCUCUCUCUACACGCACAAGAAGAGAGUGCACAAGAUAUGCCCUGCCAGGCGGAAUGUCAGCGUGGUUGCACCUAAUGCUAGUGGGAAUACGGUCGAAAAUGCAACAACUGAGUAGAAAUAUCAUUUUUGUACACACACAGGCAGCGGGCGGUCGUGUGGGGUGUGUGGAUGCACCUUUAGGCAGAGCGCCUCUCUCUACACGCACAAGAAGAGAGUGCACAAGAUAUGCCCUCCCAGGAGGACUGUGAGCGUGGUUGCACCUAAUGCUAGUGGAAAUACGGUCCAAAAUGCAACAACUGAGUAGGAAUAUCAUUUUUAUACACACACAGGCAGCGGCUGCUGUGGCGAGGUGUGUGGAUGCACCUUUAGACAGAGCGCCUCUCUCUACUCUCACAAGAAGAGAGUGCACAAGAUAUGCCCUGCUAGGACUGUCAACGUGGUUGCACCUAAUGCUAGUGGAAAUACGGUCGAAAAUGCAACAACUGAGUAGAAAUAUAAUUUUUGUACACACACAGGCAGCGGCUGCUGUUGCGAGCUGUGUGGAUGCACCUUUAGGCAGAGCGCCUCUCUCUACUCUCACAAGAAGAGAGUGCACAAGAUAUGCCCUGCCAGGCGGACUGUCAACGUGGUUGCACCUAAUGCUAGUGGGAAUACGGUCCAAAAUGCAACUGAGUAGGAAAAAUCCUCUUUGUACGGUAUAUAUGAUGUAUAACAUUAUUUAAUUCAACUAAAUAUGUGACGUUCCACGGAAAAAGGUACCUUAGGGCGGCUGGCGCUUACGCCGCAUAGCGCCGCAAUAACAUCGGAGCGGCGUUAAUAAUAGCGUAAGCGC